AUGAAUGCAUCCAUACAAGGUAAUCCAGGUUUGUGUGGAAAUGUCACGGGAGUAAAACUUUGUGCAAGUCAAAUUAUCAAGAAGAAAAACUAUAUGUUUCAUCAUAAGCUCUUCCUUGUAAUUAUGCUCCCUCUUAUCGGGGCAGUUUUACUUGGUUUUUUCAUGUGUGGCCUCAUUGCUUAUCGAAACCAAAAGAAAAACUCUCCACAGAAACCAUUGGAAGAAGAAAGUGGUGAUUAUUUCACCAUUACAAAUUUUGACGGAAAAGUAGUGUGCGAUGAUAUCUUGAAGGCAACAAAUGAUUUCGAUGAAGCAUACUGUAUUGGGACCGGAGGAUAUGGGACUGUUUACAAAGCGAAGCUACAACCUAACAAUGUGGUAGCUGUCAAGAAACUUCAUUCAUCAUCUGAGAAUGUUGAUCAUAAUGGAUUUCUUAAUGAGAUACGAGCAUUAACGAACAUAAGGCAUCGACAGAUAGUGAAACUUUAUGGAUAUUGCUCAUAUGCCCGCCACUCAAUUUUGAUUUAUGAAUACCUUGAAAACGGAAGCCUUGGAUCAAUCUUAAGAAGUGAUGUCUUAGCAAAAGAAUUGGAUUGGUUGAAAAUGGUCAAUAUUGUAAAGGCUAUAGCUAAUGGUUUGGCUUAUAUGCAUCACGACUGCUCACCUCCUAUAACUCAUAGACACAUUUCCAUUGCCAACAUCCUUCUUGAUUCUGAUUAUGAGGCACAUAUUUAUGAUUUUGGCACAUCCAAGCUUUUAAAGCUAGACUCAUCCAGUUGGACCGCAAUUGUUGGGACCUAUGGUUAUAUCGCACCAGAGCUUGCUUAUAUGAUGGUGGCAACCAAGAAAUGUGAUGUGUAUAGCUUUGGCAUUGUUGCACUAGAAGUGAUGAUGGGAAAGCAUCCUGGUGAACCACGAACAUUGUCUGCUGAUUAUCUGGUGUUAGCAAAUGUUGGAGAUAGUCGGAUUCCACUUCCUUCACCACAAGGUGAGAAACAAGUAAAUUUAGUACUCAAUCUCUCAAGAGCAUGUUUGAACUCGAAUCCACAAGAAAGGCCAACAAUGCAGAAAAUGUUGGAGAUAGUCAGAUUCCACUUCCUUCACCACAAGUUGAGAAACAAGUAA